AUGGGGCUCCGGGAUGCGCUACGGAAGAAGGAGGCUAUAGAGCAUGAUCAGGGCCCAGACAUCACUUUUGUUCGCUCCGAUACUGUUUCGCAGCAGGUGAUUAUGGCGUCGGACGAGGGAGGCCACAACAACGACGGCUUGCUGUCGCCCACGUCGACUAGCGGCGAGCACCGAAAGUCGAGACGGAGCUUCGACUUCUUCCACUCAGACCAGUCGCGGAGCGCCUCUGCCUCCUCGUCGGCGUCCAACAAGAAGGAGAGCGCGGCAAGACGCCUGUCGCACAGGCUGCAUCUAAGUCGGCCGCCCGAGACCUCUGACCAUGUGCCGCAGAACCUACCGGAGAUUGUGGUCCCAGCAGCCGACGUGCAGGAUAAAGACGCCGCAGAGCUGCAGUGGGAGAAGCGGGCAACCAUGCUAGCCGGGCAGAACGACCUCGCCAGGAGUCGCCCGUCGUCGAGAGAUGCCUCAGACGGCAUGGCCCAGAUGAGUCUAGACGCAUCUGCCUCUCGCAGCCGAAGCCCCUCGGCCAACUCGGGGCCUGUUUCGUCCAAGGAAAUCGAUGCCGACAUCCAAGAGGCGAUUCGACUGCAUGAGGAGGGGAAUUAUGCGGAAGCGACCAAGAUGUUCGGGCGCCUUGCAGACGAGAGCGGCGCCAACAAUCCCCUCAGCCAGGUUCUCUAUGGACUGGCACUCAGGCACGGCUGGGGUUGCACGCCAGAUACUGCGCGAGCGGUCCACUAUCUAACGGCAGCGGCCUCUAACGCUGCGUCGGUCGAGCAAUUGGCCAUCCAGGCCGGUCUCAAGAAGGGAGGAGCUGCAAAGGGAGAGCUAGUCCUGGCCAUCUUCGAAUUGGCCAACUGUUUCCGCCACGGCUGGGGCAUCGACAAGGACCCAGUCGCUGCAAAGCAGUACUAUGAGACAGCGGCAAACUUGGGCGAUACUGACGCCAUGAACGAGGUUGCCUGGUGCUACCUAGAAGGCUACGGCUGUAAAAAGGACAAGUUUGCUGCAGCCCAGUAUUAUCGACGGGCUGAGAAGGGUGGCAACAAGACACUAGGAAAUACGUGGAUAUGGAAGGAAAAGUAUAACCCGGAAAACCGCAAGAAAAAAUAG